AUAGUUGUUCAAUAUUCAACUUACUGGAUAUUGUUAAUUGUUGAAAAACUUAUUUAUCUACACAAAGGUCACACUUUUUUUGUAUUCAUAUGAAUUCAUGCCAGCAUGACGUAAGGGCGCGGAAUAUGUGCAAUGUCAAAAUAGCAAACCCCUCCCACCACCCACCCAAACAGCUGAAUUAUCACACAUUCUAGUUUGUUGAUUCACGAGAACUGAAUUCAGGAAAAACAGAUGCUAAAUUUUGCUACAAUGCCCCAGAGAUCAACGCGUGAUCCACUACGUUAAAGGCUCUAGCUCCAAGGAGAGAGGAGAAGAGCUGUCGAAGUAAAUUGGGAUAGAACUUGCAGAUAUGGAUCGAAAUUUCACUAUAAUAAUGCUAGUGGCGUAUGUUCCGCGCUAGCUGCGCUUUGGGUCGCCCCGCAGUACUGAUAAACUGUCAGCACGUGUUGUAAACAACUUAUUCCAUAAUGCUGUUUUUCUACCAGGCUAUGAUCGGUACAUUCAUUCAAGAUCUGCUUCAAUGAAUUGAAGUGAUGCAGAGUCAUCGUGGAUUCACAUAGAUGUGUGUUGCUCUUUCCUGAAAUGGCUUUAAUAAAACGAUUAAGCAAUCCGUUAGCUCGUGGAAUAGCCACUUAUUCUAUUCUCUGGCCUACGGCUAAUCUUGUACAGCAGAGCUUGGAAGGACGGCGCUAUGAUACGUUCGACUACGGUCAAUGCGUCCGGUAUGGAAUCUACGGUGCACUGUACGUUGCUCCAUCCGUUUACGGCUGGGUUAAAAUUUCGACCAUUAUGUGGCCUACGAUGAAUUUACGGACGGCCUUGUUCAAAGCAAUUGUAGAGCAAGGCACGUACGGCCCGUUCGCUGGUGUAAGCUUUCUGUAUAUUAUGUCACUGGCGGAAGGCAUGACACCGGGUGAAGCAGUGCAGGAGGUCAAGUUAAAAUUUCCCCAGACGUACACAGUGGGAUUGACCUUCUGGCCGUUUAUUCAAACAAUCAACUUCGCUUUCAUCCCGGAACGCAAUCGUGUACCAUUUAUUGCGGCCUGCAGUUUUCUGUGGACAGUGUUUUUAGCAUCCAUUAAGAGGAAAGAUUUGCACGAAGCAGAAGACGCCUGACCAUGCUCAAUAACAAUGCUAGCCUCAAAGGCAAUUGUUCCACUGUUAUGAAGUAAUAAUUCCAUUUGUUGUUAAUAAAGUAACCAAGAGCAAACAAUCUUUAACAGAUUCCGA